CAGUCAGUAGCUAGGUCAGUCAAGUCAGCCAUGAAUGGCUAUGACAGUAGCUCAAAUGGUCGCUCAAAAGUCCCACCAGUCUGCCAGUAAGAGACUCUCAAAAAAGAGACAUUUGAAUACGGACGACCUUCCUCAUGAUAAAAGUAAAAAACCCUUUUCUAUUUUUGAAGGUCAGUCUUAUGAUGAUAUUUUGCUUGCUCAUAGCAGCCAUGAUAAUGAUGCUUAUUCAAUGCAUCCCAGACCCUCUACCCGAGAGGAGCAAAUAGAUAUUCGGGUUAAGAAAACCUCUUAACAACAAAAAAUAUAUAAUGAGGUAUCAGAAUAUGAUAACAAUGACAAUGAUAAUGAUAAUGGAGACGGUGAUGACUAUUAUGAUGAUGAUGAUAAAUUCGGAAUAUAAUGACCCCUCUUUUAAUAUACAAAAUACUGAGGGUGAAAAAAUUGAUAUUAAUGACCCUUCUACUUCAGGAUCAGACAUUCUUGACGAACUAGGUGUCCCUUUCUUUAACCCCUCUCAAAUAGUACACCCACGUUCAGGGGAGUGGUCACCUAAUACCCAAUUAGAACAAUUUAUUGGUUUUUGACUCAAUAAAUCCCUAGACAACAGGGCCAGAAGUAAACUAAAAGCUGAAUGCCCCAGACCGACAAUUUCUCUAAAUGCGGCCCAAACCCCAGAACUCGACCCUAUAUUAGUAAGAUACCUUCUAAAAACAGGCAAAAACCCCAAGAAAGGGGUGACCGCAGCUUCAAGCUGUGUCAGGACAAAGUGUUAGACCUCUUAGGUCCUGUUGCAAAAAUUUUACAAAUCUCAGAAGAAGCUUAUGUCUCAUGCAAACCCAUGGAUACCCUCACUGUCAGGGAUUGGGCACAAAGACUUAUGUGCCUUUUAGGUAAUGCCAACCAGUCCCUCAGUUCAGAAAGAAGGAGGACUGUUUUAAUGAAAUUAGAUCCUCAAUUAGCCAAUUUGGCCAACACUGAACCCGCUAAUCCUACCGAGGGACUCCUCUUUGGAGACCAAAAUAUAAAAGAAAUCUCAAAAUAUGUAGGUUUAUUUUCUGGUCUAGAUAAGGCGCAAUCCUCCAUAAAGAAGGUGUUCGCCAAUAAGGUUUUCACUAGGGCCGGGAAAGGUAGGGGUCGUUUCUCCGGCCGAAACACCCAUUAUAGACCCCAAUCUAGAGGAUCCUUCAUACAAGAAAGACCUACUUUCACAGCACCAGUGGCUCAACCCAGCCCCUUCUUCCCUUACCGAGGCCGUCCUUGGAGAGCCAGAGGCCAAAGAGGUUUCCCACGCUCUAGACCAGCAGCAUAUUGAUCAGCCAGGAAUUU